CGGUACACGACAGGCAUUCUCCGGCAAGCGCGAGAUGGGGCCCUCCGCGUCCGUGGCACUGCUGCUCGCUCUCUGCGUGGCUGGCCACGCCGUCGCGGCCCUCCCCGAUGGGCAAGCCUUCGCAGCGGCUGCGCCCGGACCAGACGGACCACCCCCGAACUGCGCUCCUGGCCAGAGGAUCUGCGGCAAUGUUUGCUGCAGUGGUCGGCAACUCUGUGUCAAUGUCGGCUUACUCGGAUUGGCCGCCUGUCUGGGGAGGCCAUAACGUUUCAACCUUUGCGUCACUUUUCUCACCGCUGACUUCAAUUGCCCUUGUUGCGGCAAUCCAAUCCCGAAGACCUGUCAGUCUGCCGGAACCCUUAUUGAACGGCGGUCACACCUAUGCGGCCGUUCACUUGGACACCAUUCACGCUGUACUCCUUCUGAUCUGAUCUGAAUUACAUAUUCUGAGUCACUUUCAUCAUGAA